AUGGCUCCAUUUCCUCUUGUCAAAUUGGCCAUUGUCUUUUUCAAACAAAUUAGCAAACCACUUGCUAAUCAGAUUAAAGUUCGAGCAAAAAAUAGUGAAUUUUUCAAGAAAUAUGUUUGUAUGCCUCCUGCACAAUUUUAUCACUGGUAUGAUGUUAAUCUACGAAUGAGAAUGUUAGGCAUUGAAACGAAAAACGUAGCUAAAAUGAACGAAGAAGCAGCAGUUGCACUUGGUGCAGAUAUAUUGGGUGAAGCGGUGAUUUUAAGCAUUGCUGUUGCUGGUUUGGCUUUGGAAUAUGCUAGACGAUCAAAAAAUGACACCGACAAAGAAUCACGUCAACAAGAACGAUUAGCUAAUAUGGAAAGCAAACUAGGUGAAAUUGAAAUAACUAUAACUAAUCAAGCAGCACAACUGUUAGAACUUGAACGUCUAAUGCAUCAUAAUUCAUCAUCACCAUCAAAACCUGACAAACCAUCAUCAUCAUCAUCAUCAUCUUCUUCGUUGCUUCCUGUAUCAGUUUCAUCGCUAUUAUCUACAAAUAAAAAACCGACAUCACAAGCAUUUUCAAUUCUUGAUAAUUCAUCAAUGCGAUCAUCACUUAUACAAUUACAUACGAUCGAUUAUUAUUUAUUCUAUCCAAUAGCAUAUGCAAUUCACCAAAUGCACAAUUCAUUUACAUCAUCAUUACAUCAAUUGUCCUUCUGGAGAGAACCAAAACACUGA